AUCUGAUGCAAUGGUUCGACUGAAGUUGUCGUGUCUGUUUCUGUGCGUUAUCGGGUUCUCAAUUGUUACACUGCUAUGCUUGUAUCUCCCCGACAAGCCGAUUGCGUAUAACAUUGGUAGGUUGUCAGCCCUUAAUGCCAGUAUUUUACUUGGCAGCCAUUCGGUUCAACUGUUUCAGACCAAGAAAAAUGAAGAAGUGGUUAUAGCUGUAGUGAUUUGUGGAAAUCGUACGUCCGAAGCACUAGUUAUGAUUAAAUCAGCAAUCGUCUUCCGAGGUAAUUCAGAUCUGAGAAUUGUUGUGAUUGCUGAAAAAAACAUUCAACAAGAAUUUGAUGAAACUUUACGCGAUUGGAGGCUAUUGACUAAUGAUUCAUUUUCGUACGAGAUACAUAGUAUUAUCUUUCCUAAAGAACAUUCUGAUGAAUGGAGAAAACUAUUUCAGCCAUGCGCAUCUGAACGUCUUUUUUUGCCAACAGUUUUAAAUCAUUUAGACUCAAUUCUCUACGUAGACACUGAUACCUUAUUCUUAAGCAGCGUGGAAGAUGUAUGGAAACAUUUUUCUAAAAUGAAUUCUUCCCAAUUGGCUGCAAUGGUACCGGAACAUGAAGACAUGAAUGUUGGGUGGUACAAUAGAUUUGCCAAUCAUCCAUAUUAUGGAAAAUUAGGAUUGAAUUCUGGUGUAAUGUUAAUGAAUCUCACCCGUAUGAGAGAAUUUGAUUGGAUAAGUCGACUAGCGCCUGUCUUGGAAAAAUAUAGACUAUACCUGACUUGGGGAGAUCAAGAUAUUAUAAAUGUGAUUUUUCACGAUCAUCCAGAUAAGGUUUAUGUAUAUCCGUGUCGAUAUAAUUAUCGCUCUGAUCAUUGUAUGUAUAUGAGCAACUGCAAGUCAGCUGAAGAGGAUGGAGUAGCAGUACUUCAUGGAUCCCGGUCUACGUUUCAGACUAACAAACAACCUGCAUUCCGAGCAUUAUUUAAUGCUAUGUCCCAAUAUCAACUUGGGAGUGAUCCGGUUAAAUAUCUCUUGGAGGCAUCUGCCAGUCUGCUGAAUGAGACUACAUCAACCAAUUGCGGACGUCUUGCUCCCAUAUUUACACACAAUAUGAGACUCAUGUUUCAAACAGUAUGACAAAGUCAAUAUACAUACAUUAUUUGUGGUAUCAACAUAAAAGUGACUAAUCACUUUUUAAGCUGAUACUUAUAUUUUUGUAUUAUGAUUUUUAAAACUAAAUCUAUAUUUAUUUGAAAUGAUUAAGUUAAAUAUGUGAAACGUAAAACCAAAUAAGAUCUCAAAUAAUUUAAAUAUUUUGCUAUUGAUAUAACUUGAUAUUUUAUUUUUAGUUAAAACAUGAUUUAAAAUUACUUUUAUCAUAUUUUCUACUAGUAGAUCUAAUUGAUACCAAAUGAUCUACUUAAUGCCCCAUUAUGACGUUAGUACCAAAUUCAGAAAUGUUUUAGUCUUAUAAUAUUUUUAUUUUUGUUAAAACUAUAUACAUUUAUUUACUAGACAUAUUUUAGUACCUAUGUAUUUAUGCAUACAUUUUAUUUUUACUAACUGGACUUCUUUAAGUAUUUCCUAGUUUAUUAUUUAUAUUAUAAUCACAAUUUGUUUUUGAAGUAUCAAUUACUUUUUUGAUUUU